AUGCGCCUAUUUACAAGCUGGGCCAGUGGUCUGACUUUCGCCCCAUUUGCUCUAGCCUUUUGGCCCUACUCAGACGCUACCAACUCUGCCGAGCUCUCGGCAAGUCGCUACAGUAACGAUGAGCCCAAUGUGAAAGUCGAAACGCUGUUCCAAUUCCCCAACAACGGCUCAUGGGUGGACAACCUGGUCGUCCGGUCUGAUGGAAACCUUCUUCUGACACGCCUCGACACACCCGAGGUCUGGCAUGUCAACACCACCAGCGGAAACGCAACUCUUGCCUACUCAUUCCCCAACGUGACCAGUUGCUUCGGGAUCAGUGAGAUCGCGGAUGAUGUGUUCGCUGUUGUUAUUGGCAACUUCUCCGCCAAGACCUAUGAGCCAACCUCGGGCUCGUUUUCUGUUCAAAGACUUGAUUUCAAUGCCAAGAACGCAACUGAAGAUGAGCGCGCCCUCCAAGAGCCGACAGCCUCGGAGAUCGCAGCGGUGCCAGAGGCUGAUGCUUUGAAUGGCAUGGCCACCUUCUCAAGAGAACCGGGUCUCGUUCUGGUCGCCGAUAGCAUCAAGGGAGUUGUGUGGAAGGUCAACACUGAAACGGGAGACUAUGCCGUUGCAUUGAAUGACACCACUAUGUUACCCGCCAAUGGCCCCCUACCCCUUGGUAUCAACAGUGUCACCGUUCUCGAUGAGUACGUUUACUAUACCAGCACCACGCGGAUGGAGUACUGUCGCGUGAAGGUGGAUGAAGACGCAAAUCCCGUCGGAGACUUUGAGGUCAUUGCCAGUGGAUUCCUUCCUGAUAACCUCGAACUCACACCGGAUGGGACAGCGUACAUUCCCACUGACCCCCAAAACGGUGUUGUUCGUAUCAGCCCCUUCGGUCAGAUCUCCCUCGUCGCAGGUGGCCAGAUCUCCUUCGAGCUGCCCGGUCCUACAUCCGUCCGUCUGAGCAAGGAUAGGCAAACGCUCUACGUGGGCACCAGUGGUGGUCAGAUUGCGCCCGUUCUUGGUACUUAUAUCGAGCCCGGAAAAGUCGCCAAAAUCACUUUACAAUAA